GGGGGUUCUGGAAGGGGCAGGCAGGGUGAAGUGUGCUGGAGCUGCGCUGCGGUGGCACUGCCGCCUCUCGGAGCUGCCCACCGUCCCUUGGCGAUCAUGCCUGGUUGUGUGUGUAUGCGUAGUGCUGGUAGCUGCAGUGGCUGAGGGUGGGCUUCGGUGGAUCUGAGGGGUCGGGUGAUUCAUAGUGAGCUCCUAUAGACUAAAUAUAUCCGUAGUAUAGUUUUGAAGUUGGCCAUCUGCAUGCCUGAGACUUUUCCAGCGUUUACGAUUAUUUCUGUUGUGAACGGGGUAGGUACCAGCUGCUUUUGAAAUAAGUUUAAUUAUGAUUUAGAAAUGGAUUUGUGUUGUACUUGGCAUCUCCCAUUUUUAGAGGUUUGCUUGCAAAGCCACAGCUGGGCUUUUUGUGUUACUUUGUGAUGGAAGGGCUGUGUGCUCUUGUGAGCUCACCUAGGGCUGUAUCUACAUGAUUUUGUUCAAGGUGAUGUAUUUAGGAGAUCAUUAAAACAUAUGAUCAGCUUAGUUCAGUUUCUCAUAAAUGCAUCAGGAGAAACAGGUAGUUUUUAACAUUUAAUAUACUCAGAUGUGUAAACCAUGUAGAUCUGGGUAUAGGUGUCACACCGCUUUCCUAAUUAUUUUGGUGUGUGAAGUAAAAGGGUCCCAUUAUACUUGGUGGUGCGUAACUAGCGUCUUGCAGGAACAGAACAAAUUGGAAUAAAGGAUGUUGCUGCUUAUUUAGUACUUUUGACUACAUUUUGGACAGGUGGUGGUUGCUGGCAUUUUUUUCUUGAGGUAGGCGUUUUUGUUUUGGUCAUGUGAUUAUGAAACAGACCAGAAUUGCUGCAAUUCCUAAAAGUUUUCUUCCUUAAUUUAGUGGCUGCUGCAUUUUGAGAAUAAAUUUUAUAUGCAUGAAUGAGAUAACCAUUAUAAGGCUCUUAACUUUUCAGGGACUAAGAUGGUUAGUUAGGCUAUAUUAAUUAUUAAUCUAAUUUCUUCAUGUAGAAAUGCUUGAAUAUGUAGUUAAGCAUCAACAUAUCAGGGGUUGGAGCAUCUCUCUCAUGAAGACAGGCUGAGAGAGUUGGGGUUGUUCAGCCUGGGGAAGAAGAGGCUUUGGGGAGACCUUAGAGCAGCCUCCUGGUACCUAAACGGGGCUACGAGAAAGCUGGAGAGGGACUUUGUGCAAGGGCGUGUAGUGAUGGGACAAGUGGUAAUGGCUUUAGGCUGAAAUGGGGUGGAUUUAGAUUAGGUAUUGGGAAGAAAUUCUUCACUGUGAGGUUGGUGAGACCCUGGCACAGGCUGCCCAGAGAAGCUGUGGAUGUCCCAUCCCUGACAGUGCUCAAGGCCAGGCUGGAUGGAUGGGGCUUGGAGCAACCUGUGGACGGUGUCCCUGACCAUUGCAGGGGGGUUGAAACUAGAUGAUCUUAUAAGGUCCCUUCCAGUGCAAAACAUUCUAUGAUUCUGUGAUAUCUCAUAUGGUAUAUUUAAGGGAGUGACUAUACUUACACACUGGAAUUUGAUUUGUUAAAUAAAGCAGAUUGGCUUCAUUAACAUAUUAGAGUGCAGAGAAGAAAACCCCACUUUUCUGUAUAUAUAGGAUAUAUGGCUGGAUUUUAUGGAGACAUCCAUGGCCCACUUUUUUUCAAAGGUUAAUUUUCCAAAACAGGUCAAGUCUUUCCACAAAACAGAAACGCCCUUGGGGAUGGAAACUACCUGUGCUCAGUGUAGAAGGCCAGUUGCCAAGUUAGGUUGUUGGUUUAUUUUGUGCUAAUUUUAUUUCUGAGCAGGUAUUUCCUUUAGUGUAUAACUUCCUUUAGGAGCAGAAAAACAGGAAAGAAAUUGGUAAUGAGUGCACUGCGAGCAAACAUGCUGUCAGCAUGGAGUCUCACACUUCCAGUCUCUAGUGUAGUUCCAGAAAGUUCACCUAUCUCAAAGUUGUAACUCACCUCCCAAGCAUGUGGAAAAUAGUAGUAGUUUCCAAGUGAAUAGUAAUUACGAAGAUAACAUUGUAGCAUACGUUGGCCCUUGUUUUGUGUGAAAUUUCACACUGUUGCCUUAUUAGAAUCUCCUUGAUGUCCUCUGGUUUCUGAACUGCAGUUCUAUCAAAGACACCUUUGAUGGCUUUAGAAGAGAGGAAAACUUCUAAGUCUAGAACUUCUUCAUCAAUUACCUGUUUCUUUUUUGCUGCCGAGGAUGCAAAUUUGAUACAUUACUCAAGAAUCUAGAGCUUCCAGCUCCUUUCUCUUCUUCUUUCUUUCUUGUCUUUGAGAUCUGUGGGCUAGGUGUGUUGAUUUACAUAAUUGAUUUUGAUCGGGUUUAGUACUUGUAUUCCCCCUUGAUGUUAGUGGGUGUAAUCAUUUUGAAACAUGCUGAUUUGUAAGUCAGCAUAUCUUAAUAGUAGCUAAAUGUUAAAGUGCCUGAGCUUGGUGCUUUGGUUCCUGGCUGGGAGGAUUGCUAUCUCUGCACACAUGAAUGCUUGUGUAGUUUGGCUUACGGUUGUUCAGGUCUUAAUUCUGACAUUUUAUUACGUUAAAAAUAGUGAAUGACUCACUUCUUUAGGCGUGUUUUUACUUGUGAUUUGUGUGAGGCUGCCCUUGGAUGGAAAUAGGAGUUUGAUUAAAAGUGCACUGAAGUAAUAUUUAAAGCUUUCUUUAUUAGUUACAACUAGAUUAAGUAAACUGAAUGUCCAGGGAAAUAAAUUUUGGUGGUUCUGUUUUGUUCCAAACAUAUGGGUUUAUUGAAGUGUGAAUUGUAGUUGGUGAAGUUAGAAUAGAAGAGAGAUUUAGAUGGCUGAAGAUACAGAUAGGAACCUGUGACAUUUUCAGAUCUUUUGAGUGUUUCCCAGAUUUUGGAAACUUAUUGGAAGUUAGGCAUCUAAUCUGGCAGCCGCCUUAAUGGGAUUUUCAGAAGAAUUUACUACUUUUCCUAGUACCAAAGUAUCUUAAAAAAAAAUAAAAUUUUAAAAAUUUGCAUGUCUUUCUGUUUUGCCCUUAUUAUUUGGAAAAAAAUAAAGCAAAUUUUGUUUUGAACUAGACCAGUUGAAGAAUAUUUUAUAUAUAUAUAUCUUAUACCUUUCCCUACUAAUUAAAUUGGAAAUGGUCAAUAUUCCAUGUUAUACAUUGAAGUAUAGUGUUAACACUUCCAUGUUUGUAGUACAGAAUGGAUCUGUGUUUAUCAGUCUUUGCCUGACCUCAGAAGUUAAACAGAUUCAGGGAAGGCAAUUAAUAGCCUGUUCCGUAACUCAUUAACAUUUGAUGACUAAUUUUUGGAAUGGUGUCAUUCAGAUUUGAAGUACAUGAACAAAUGUUAAAAGCCAUCUCAUUAAAAUUACUUAAGCUAAAAAGAAUAAUUGCUUAAAAACAAACCCUCUUAUCAACCUGUUAAUGUUGCUCUCCAGCUUGAUAGGGUGUUACUUUGGAUUGCUCCGUAAUAAUUUGUUUUAGUUUGCAAUCCAUUACCACUAUGGCCUUCCAGCAGCUACCUACCAGUCCUGUUUUAGACAGCUCACUUCCAAGAAGUUACUCAGAACAAAACGGUCAUCCCAGUGACAUUGUUGAAGGGGAAAGUCUUAUUCAUAGAACUUGUAUUCAAGGAUUAUUUUUAUUGUAUCAGAAUUUCAGUUCAGGAUAUUGAGCUAACUUCAGCCAUAGAUCUCUUCAUCCGUAAAUCAGCAAUGACCACCACUGUGCACUGAAACUACAGGAGACCAGUGCAUCCGUAAACAUCUUUUAAAGUUCAUAGUUUUUCAGUUAGCUGAGAUCUAAAAGCUGUGUGCCAACCCAGUACGGUGCAGCGAGAGAGGUGUUCAUUCCAUGGGGACUGGGGAGAGCUGAGCCUCUUACAGUUAGUUCUCCUUUGGCAAGUAUGUGCCUUCGGAGAAGCUGGUUCUUAUUUCAGUGCCUCAGUUUUUCAGCCUAUAAAAUGAGGAGAAUUCCUCUUUUUAAAAUUGUCUUGAACUCUUCAGAGAGGUAUGAGAGGUGGGUAGUCUUGGAUGACUUUCCAGGCACUAAAUGAUGUUCCUAUACCAUUUAUCCUGAUUCUUUGAACAGAUUUGCUUCUCUUGGGCAAAUGGCAGUAUGAAUGAUGGUAAUUUUAGACCCGAAAUUCAGAGAUUCUUGGUGUAUUUAUCGUUCUCCUGAGGAAUGUUUAGUAUGGUUCCAUUACAAGGGGAUGAGAUGCAAUUCCUGACUUUGUGACAAAUACAAAAUUUUGUUCUUUAGCAAAUGGUUAUCAUUGGCAGCAAAACACAGUAUGGAUGUGGAAAACAGGAGUCACGUACAUAGUAUAUUCCUACCACAUGCACCUCCGUGGAGCACAUCAAGGAAAUGAGAUGGUUUCAGACCAGCUGUAAACCAAGGACUCCGGCUUUGUAAAUUUACAGUUCAAAGGUGGUUCACAUCACAUAAAUGUUCUGCAACAAGACUCCUGUCAUCUCCUCGAUCUUUUCUGCUACUGAGGGUUAUACUCAAAUGUUCCAGCUAUUUAUAGUAAUUAAUUUCACAGUUUCAACGCGUCUUCUGUUGAACAGGUCUGCUUUUUAAGUUAUCAACUGUCAGCUGCAUGCUGCCAAAGUGUGUUUAAUCUUACUAGCAGGUGUAUAUCAAUUUCUCCAUGGCAUCCUUGGCUGGUUCUGUUAUCUAAUGACUAGAAUGGUGCGUAUUAGUUUUGCUCUUAUUUUUUUUCCCCUGUUCUGAAGAUUUAUAUUCUCUAAAAUUACAUCAGAAGAAGAAGUUGCAGUACCAAUGACAACUUUUGCUAAAGCGUGGUACUACUGAUGCUCUGCCCAAACAGAGCUUAAUCCACUGGUUUGUAUUGUUCUUGAAACUUUACUCCUAAGCCAGGAAAAACAAUGCUGUAGAGAGACCUGGGAUGCCAGUAGAGCCAUGAGCUAUUUAUUUCCGUGGGCCUAACACACUGAGGAAGUCUGCGUGUCUGUGUAGCCAUUUAAAGUUCAGUGCAAAAUCUGUUGAUGGAUUCGGUUGCAUGUUAAGCUGUUAUCAGAUGAUCAUGAUAGUGGUCAGUGAUGCAGGGAUAGGGUGCACACUAAUUUGGUGAGAAGAAGCUGUGACUUGAAGCAGGUCAUUGCUUUAGAUGACCAGUACCUUUGUACGCCCUCAAUGUGCUUGUGGUUUAGUGACUUCAGUGGUUACCUGCACCUGAAACUUGAAGGUCUGAAUUCAAGACUUAUGCUAACCUGUUGUUAUACCAGAUAGUAAUCUCUCUUUCCUCCUUCAAAUAUUAACACUUUGUCUGUUUUGCUUAAUUAACUGGCUUUACCUGAACAAACAGUGAAUAUGGGUUUUGACUAUUUUGACUGUUUUCCAGUGAAACCACCAGUGAAAAUUAAAAGAGUUUGAGAUUCCUGUUUGUGUAUAUUUUUUUACAUCUUCUAAAGAUGAUGAGAGACACUAAAUUAGUAGUAAUUAAAGUGGCAUUAAUUAAGCAUUCUGUUUCAAGUGGGUGAAUGUUAAAAAACAUCUGUCUUUGAAUUGUAUUACAGGCAGGGCUCUGUUGAAAUAGAUCUUUGAUAUGGCUGGCAGGUAUUUCUACAGCCUUCAUCUUACACCAAGUCAUGUAUUGUCAUAUGGAACUUGUGAAGUACGUAAUUUCAAGUAAGGUAUUUCUGCAUUCACCAUUCAUCAUGGACUAAAAUGAUAGUGAUGUGUUAGACAGAUGUGUCCCCGGUUAUUCCUUGAGCUUUGGAGUGCAAAAGAACAAUGCAAGAUGAAAUAAAUCUGGAAGUAUUGAUAGAUGUGGUACUCUGGUGUCCUUCAUGAUGGUGAUUUUACUGUCACAACUAUGCCAUUCUUAAUUACGUUUUUGUGUUUACAUGAAAGAUAAGAUAAAACCUGACCACAUUUUUAACAGGAAGAGAAAUGUCCAAACAAGAAAACAGGCUUUGGUAGCCUGUGGCUGUUGCUUUAUAACCACUCCCAAGUAUUUUGACCCCUGCUAUUCCACCACCCCGUUGCUCCUACUGUCUCCUUAUUUUUCUUUUCUCCUGUCUGCAGCAGUCAUGCUUACCUGGCUGUAUGGAAAUGACCUGGGGGUGGGUGUGGGUGAGGAAUGGAGUGUGACAUGUUUAAGUGAAGCCCUUCUGCACAGACAAGAUGAACCAAAUAAGCAUUGGGAAUGUAGGUUCUUAGGGUUUUUAAUCCUUAGCUCUGGUUCUGCUUGUUCUCUAGUAGAAUGCCAAAGUGAAAUAAAUGGGUUGAUGAUGACGUUGAGAGUUCAGUUGGAAAAUGGUGGAAUGUUGAAGAAACUGUAUUUUUAGUGGUUUGGUGUUGAUAAGCUUUAAGUAGACAAAAACACAGAAGCAGAAAAAGUAGCUGUUUAAUAUGGAAAACGGGAAAAAUGUGGCUGGCUUAUCAAUGGUUGAGGGAAAUCCACAGGUGUACAGAUUGGGAAAAUGGGGUAAUUCUUGGAAGAGGAAAUCUUAGUGAACAUGGUUUUACCUCUCCAGCUUUAGAUGCUGUGUUGAUGAAGUAAAUUGUCUUAAUUCAUGGGCCUAGCUUUUGAUGAGAAUUAAUUACAGACUCUUCUACUUUUCAUUUAUCUUUGAUACUUUUGUUGGUGUUUUUUUCUCUACAAGAGUUUUAGUGCUAGCAAUCAAGUACUACUUUAGAAGUAAGUUUUAGACAGUUACUUUUAAGGGGUAACUAUGAAAGGCUUUUGAAAAAGUGCUAAUAUGUAAAUUAAUUUUAUUUUCCUGCUUUCAGUCACCCAAGUGCAGCCAGUGAUCAUGAGAUGUUACCACGGAACCUACCUCAGACUUCGCUUUUGCUCAUUCAGUUGCUGCAUCACAGAUCUCAACAGGAGCUCUGCAGACACUCUUGAAAGUCUGAACAGAUUGUGACAUCAAGUCAGAGGGUGAUGACCUAAAUAGUAGGUCAAAGUCUGAAACAUUGAUUCAGCAGUCCAAGAUAACACUGCUUUUUUUUUUGUCAGUAUCACUUCUGAAGGCUGUAGAGACCUCCUGUCGUUUCUUCCCUGGUUGCUUCAGAAACAUUCAGCUGACCUUUCUCUGGCGAAAAGGUCUUGACUUUUCUCUCUGGUUCUGGAAAUAUUAAUGGAAUACAGUCAUGUCUACCCAAGACGAGAGGCAGAUAAAUACAGAGUAUGCUGUAUCCUUGCUGGAGCAGUUAAAAUUCUUUUAUGAACAGCAAUUGCUAACUGACAUAGUGUUGAUUGUGGAGGGCACAGAAUUUCCCUGCCAUAAGAUGGUUCUUGCAACAUGCAGCUCGUAUUUCAGAGCCAUGUUCAUGAGUGGGCUAAGUGAAAGUAAACAAACACAUGUGCACCUGAGGAAUGUGGAUGCAGCCACUUUACAAAUUAUCAUAACUUACGCAUACACGGGUAACUUGGCAAUAAGCGACAGCACAGUAGAACAGCUUUAUGAGACUGCCUGCUUCUUACAGGUAGAUGAUGUGUUACAACGAUGUAGAGAAUACUUAAUCAAAAAAAUUAACGCAGAAAAUUGUGUGCGUCUGUUAAGUUUUGCUGAUCUCUUCAGCUGUGAAGAGUUAAAACAGAGUGCUAAAAGAAUGGUAGAGCACAAGUUCACAGCUGUGUACCACCAGGAGGCUUUCAUGCAACUGUCACAUGAUCUACUGAUAGAUAUUUUAAGCAGUGACAAUUUAAAUGUGGAAAAGGAGGAGACAGUUCGUGAAGCUGCUAUGUUAUGGCUGGAGUACAACACAGAAUCACGAUCACAGUAUUUGUCCUCUGUUCUUAGCCAAAUCCGAAUCGAUGCACUUUCAGAAGUAACGCAGAGAGCCUGGUUUCAAGGCUUGCCACCUAAUGAUAAAUCGGUGGUGGUGCAAGGACUGUACAAAUCCAUGCCCAAGUUUUUCAAGCCCAGACUUGGUAUGACAAAAGAGGAGAUGAUGAUAUUCAUUGAAGCUGCUGCUGAAAACCCCGGUAGUCUUUACUCUUCUGUCUGUUACAGCCCGCAGGCAGAAAAAGUUUACAAACUCUGCAACCCUCCUGCUGACUUGCAUAAGGUUGGGACACUUGUAACUCCUGAUAAUGACAUCUAUAUAGCAGGUGGGCAAGUUCCUCUGAAAAACACGAAAACCAAUCACAGUAAAAGCAGCAAACUCCAGGUUGCCUUCAGAACUGUGAAUUGCUUUUACUGGUUUGAUGCACAGCAAAACACUUGGUUUCCAAAGACACCGAUGCUCUUUGUUCGUAUAAAGCCAUCCCUGGUCUGCUGUGAAGGAUACAUCUAUGCAAUCGGAGGAGACAGCGUUGGCGGAGAACUCAACAGGAGAACUGUGGAGAGGUACGAUACCGAGAAGGAUGAGUGGACCAUGGUAAGCCCGUUGCCUUGUGCAUGGCAAUGGAGCACGGCGGUAGCAGUUCACAACUGCAUUUACGUGAUGACCCACAACUUGAUGUACUGUUACUUUCCCAGGUCAGAUGCUUGGGUGGAAAUGGCUAUGCGACAAACAAGCAGGUGUUUUGCUUCAGCUGCUGCUUUCGGUGAUAAAAUAUUCUAUAUUGGAGGAUUGCAUAUUGCCAGCAAUUCUGGUAUAAGGCUCCCGAGCAGUACUGUAGAUGGGUCUUCCGUAACCGUGGAAAUCUACGAUGUGAGUAAAAACGAAUGGAGAAUGGCAGCCAAUAUCCCUGCCAGGCGCUAUUCCGACCCAUGCGUUAGAGCUGUCGUCAUCUCCAAUUCUUUAUGUGUCUUUAUACGCGAAACCCACAUGAACGAGAGAGCCAAGUAUGCCACCUAUCAAUACGACCUGGAACUCGAUCGCUGGUUCCUGAGGCAGCAUAUAUCGGAACGUGUGCUGUGGGACUUGGGGAAGGACUUCCGGUGCACCGUAGGAAAGCUGUACCCAUCUUGUCUUGAAGAGUCCCCAUGGAAACCUCCAGCCUAUCUCUUCUCACCGGAUGGAGCUGAUGAAUUUGAGCUGGAUGGAGAGCUAGUUCCUUUGCCACCUGUAUAGCUCCCAAACUAGACUGCGCAACUGAUUCUGUGCUCAGUUACCUUGAAAUAAAUGGUUGUGAAAGAACAGGUCUGGAAACAAAUGUCAAACCUGUCUUUCGUGAGUUGUAUUUUUAUGCCCUACCUAACACUUGCCGCUGUUCAGUAUGAAUCCGUGAGAUGAGCAGAUACGCUUCCAUAAUCUGAAAUACUAUUAUCUGAUAAUUGAGAAACAUAUAUGUAUAUCAUAAGCUUAAGCAUCUGACUUGUCUACAGAAUUUCUAGUUCUAUGAAGUCUCAGUUCAGGAAAAUUAGCUUCAAAAAAAGUAGUUACUGUUUCUAGGAUGAUGCCACAACUCUUUUGAAAGUUCCUUCCAGUGAUAUUUGAACUUCUGGAUAUUCUACUUAAGUGCUAGUUAUAUAAUUGUCAGUGUGGCCUAAUUAAAGGACUGUGCCGCACUUAAUACUAAUAUCCAUGUUGGUAUAGUAAUGCCAUUAAAAGAAAAAGAAAAACAAAUCCCAUGGAUCUACCUGUGGUAGGAAGGGUAGAUCUUCCAUUGUAUGGUAACAUGCAGGGCAAAAUGACUGCAGGUUCAGUCAAGCUGUAUUAUUAGGUGCAUGUAUUAUUCUAUUUUCACUAACUUAUACCUGUCUAUUUAGAAUACAGGUCUUCCAAGCAGCUGGUAAGUUUGCCAGGUGUGGACUUAAGUUGCUGGGCUUGCAAUAGGAGCCCUCAUAGUGCGGGUCUCUGUGGAGCUUUGGUCAGUAAAUGUCUCCACAUUCUGUAUUACAGUAACAUUGGCUCAUGUAUAUUACUUCCUGCUGCUGAUGUAUUUUUCCAUUGUAAAACAAAGGUUUAGUGUGGAUUAACCAGGUCUUUAUUUUCUGUUAAUUUAAUAACAAGCAUUACUGUAGUGUGAUUGUGUAUAGAUAUCCCUUAGCUAUCAGGUUUUUUACUUUGGGGGGGAGCAAACUUCAGGAAAAGCCUGUGCUCUUGUGUGCAGGAGAGCAGAUGACUAGUGCUGCUCUGGCAUUAAUCCCAGGAACCACUAGCAGUAGCGGGGCACCGCCAGUCUAACAGGAACACAGGUGCUUCAUGACAAACCUUAGUAGCAUGUUCAGCUGCAUCAUGUUCUGGCACUGUAUUUUGAAUGAUAUUAAUUUAUUAAAAAAGACUGAAUCCA